GCGAGGACGGCGGCCGCCAUGCGCCGCCUCUUCGCUGCGGCAUGGCCGCACCUCCUUAUCUCCCUCCUCCUCGUCGCGCUACAGUCAAAGGCGGCGUCAAGCUCCGGCGCCACUGCUGGCCGCCCAGAGUGGCAGGUCUUGACCAGGACCAACUUCUCCUCCCAGAUCCGGCUCCACCCCCACGUUCUCCUCGUCGUCACCAUGCCAUGGUAUGGUGAAUCAAGAUCACUGAUGGCCGAACUAGAACACCUUGUCGCAACCGAUAAGCAGGAGCUUGGUCGUCUUAAGUUGAUGGUUGUGUACAGAAAUUCUGAGAAGUUGCUAUCUGAUGCUAUUGGCACCAGUGAAGGAACAAAGUUCAUAUACUACCGACAAUCCAUACCGUUCAAGUAUCAAGGAAAGCUCCGUGCACGUGAUAUAUUAUAUUCGGUACGCUAUACCAUGUCACUUAAGCAUGAGGAGGCCCCUUUUGUGCCUUUGCAUACCAAAGAAGAGGUGGAGGCGUUUAUCCAAUCAACCGAUAAAGCUGUACUUCUAUCCGAAUUCUGUGGUUGGUUCACCAGAUUGGCUAGUGGUGGAAGCAACACAAGCAGUGGGGCCACUCCAUCAAAAACUCACACAGAUAAUGUUGACAUUUCUGCGAAGACACUGACCAGAGAAUCAGAUGGCCGACUAGAGCUUGUUGUAAAGGAUGAAGAACUGUCCUUUGGAGGUGGGGGCCAGCUUACUGGUUCUACUUGGAAAGGUGGAUUUACCAUAGCAAAUCAAAGUGUCUCAGAUCAAAUUAAAAUACCGACUGAUGAAAAUAGAAAGCUGUGCACAGUACAAAAGUUCCAACAGUUCGAAAGCUUCUAUGCAAGGCUUACUUCCCUGUCAAGAGAAUACUUUCUUCCUCCAGAGAUAGUUCGAUUUGGCCUUAUAACUGACAAAUCAUCAUUACCUUCACCGGAUGUUGUCAAUGAAAGCAAUUCAGAGACAUGGUUCCUCAGUGUCCAUUAUGUGGGAUGCACAACUUGCUCAGUUAUUGCAAAAGAAGGGGAUGACCUAAGAAGUCUGUUGCAAUCCCAUCAUAAUCUCGAUGUUAAGGAGAUUGAUGCUGACGAAAGUGGUGCUGAGGCUACCUUUCCAGCAAAUAGGCCCUCAGCUAUUCUAUUUGUCGAUAGAUUAUCAGAUUCCUUAAAAACUAGAGAUGAAAGCAAAUUAUCUCUCAAAAUACUUCGGGAGUAUGUUCAGAAAAAUUAUCCACCUUAUGUCAUUUCUGGUGAUCUAAAUAAUGGCAACUCCAAAAUGGUUCCUUCUGUGUCGAGCACAACUAGGGGAGCUCCAGAUGCCCGUUCUGGAACAGUUAGGUUGCAUGCUUUGACUUCAAAGUAUAUGGAACUAGGGGAUAAAAUAUCAGUAAUGGUAGUUAAAGAUGGAGAAAGUAUUUCAUAUGAAGGUGCUAGCCAAGAUAGUACUAGUAGCCCUUUAUAUGAUAUUCUAACAAAACUUAUUCACAAAACAAGAUCAGCACAUAGUUCAAAGAAAACAAGGAUAAGUUUUGUAGCAAAAGAUGUUGGCAUAAAGUUGCUCUCUGAUGAAUCUGAAGUCAAAGUGGGGGAUUUCGUGUCAAUCCGAGAAAGUCAACAUGAUAGAAUAGAUGAUUUAUUUGCCAGCUCAGAUAGUGUCAAUGAUGGCAUCGCUGAAGUUGUGCAUGAAAACAAGGCAACAGAAGAAGAAUAUAUUGAUGAUGGACAAUCACCCACUAUAACUGAGAAAACUCCUGCAUAUUACUGUGGUAAUGAUGAUCUUGAUUGUAGUGAUACAGGAAUGAAGGAACAACAAGAAGCCGAGGCAGAAGAGGCCUCUGAUGUAAGCCCUGAUCUUCAUGAAGAGGUCUCCAUUGAUGUGCAUAGCAGCAAUGAAGUUCGUGGUAUGUUACAGAAGCACACAGAUGAGAAAACUGUUUCAGAAGGUUUGGACAUUUUGGAACCAGAUAGGAGAAAUGUGUAUUCUAACAACGAGAAAUCAGGAUCACCAAAUCAGCAAGAUGAUGUAUUUUCAUUCCCGAGUCAUGAAUCUGAAAGAAUUGAAGGUUUCAUUGGUGAGGAUGAUGUGUUUAGUCUGGAUGACGAAAAAGAAAAAAGUGACAGCAAAUAUUCUCCACAUGCGACAUUUAGCUCUUCCAGCAUCCUUGGAAGUGAUAACACUGAAUAUGCAGAGCAGGUGACUUCAAGCAUAUCAGAUAACAGUUUUGUUGGUUCGUUCUUCUUUUCGGAUGGUGGUUAUAGGCUUCUGAGAACUUUAACUGGUGGAUCAAGAAUCCCAUCCCUGGUUAUAAUUGAUCCAGUUCAACAGAAGCAUUAUGUCUUUCCUCAGGAAAAUGAGUUUAGCUACCCUUCCUUGGCAAAUUAUUUUGACAGUUUUGUGAAUCAAAGCCUUUCUCCGUAUUAUCGUUCAGCCUCACCUGUCGUAGGUUCAAAGGAGCUCCCAAGGCCACCGUUUGUCAAUCAAGAUUUCCAUGAGGCAAAUUCCAUCCCUUUGUUGACAGCAAGUACUUUUUGUCCCUUGGUCUUUGGAUUUGAAGGCUGUGAAUCAAAAUAUGAAACAUCAUUUUUGAAUGCUGAAAAUAUUGCAUCUGCCUGGAAGAAGGAUGUGCUGGUGUUGUUCAGCAACUCUUGGUGUGGGUUUUGCCAGAGAACAGAUCUUGUUGUCCGUGAAUUGCACCGGUCAUUCAAAAGUUUCCUAAGUUUGAAUUCUCAAGUUGCAAACGCUCAAGAUUUGCAGACCAAAGAGAAAAAUGGAGAGUCUACCUCUGAGGGCCUUCCAACUAUUUACAUGAUGGACUGCACAGCAAACGAAUGCCAUCAGUUACUAAAAUUGGCAGGCAAGGAGGAGUUUUAUCCUACGGUGUUGCUUUUUCCGGCAGAAAACAAAAGCGCAAUAUCAUUUGAAGGAGGAGUUUCGGUGGGCAAUUUAAUUGAAUUUUUGGAGUCUCACGUGACCAAUUCUCGCCAUAUAUUAGAAUAUAAAGGAUAUCUGCGGAAGAAGAGGAUGGUAAUGCAACAUGAUGCACCACAGACGAUCCAAUUUCAUAUAAAUGAUAAGAGCAGCAGCAGUGUUGGUUCCCAUCCACCAACUGAUCCAGAAAAGCGCAAGGUGCAUAUUGUCACAGGGUCCAUCCUCGGUGCCACGGAAAAGCUCGGCGGCACAGUUCCAUUUGAUAACGCGAGAGUGCUCAUUGUGUCUGCUGAUUCUCGCGAGGGCUUUUAUGGACUAAUCAUCAACAAGAGGUUAAGCUGGGACGCCUUCAAGAAUCUGGACAGCUCCAUGGAGCCUAUCAAGCUUGCCCCUCUCUUCUACGGUGGACCUGUUGUGGUGCAGGGCUACCACCUUGUGAGUCUCUCCAGAAUUGCCUUGGAGGGUUACGCACAAGUCAUACCCAAUCUCUAUUAUGGAAACAUAAUUGCCACCAGCCGGGUAAUCACUGGGAUCAAAGCAGGCGGGCAAUCUGCCGAGGACCUAUGGUUUUUCGUCGGCUACGCUGGUUGGGGAUACAGCCAGCUGUUUGACGAACUAUCUGAAGGAGCAUGGCAUGUUAGUGGAGAGCCGAUCGAGCGCUUGGACUGGCCGGAUAGUUAGAGGAUUCCUUUGCUAAAGUUCUAGUCCAUCUUGCACAUAUCUGCUGACACAACAUUACGGGUUUGUACUAGUUUGGUUCCAGCAGAUCAUUUAGAGGCGUAGUAACAUUCUGUUUCAGAUUAACGCUGUGUCGAGGCUACCCCAAUUUUGAUGUGUUUUUUGUAAGCCGAUUCAUGCUUUUCGUUCUGUAGCCUCUCUUUGCACUUCUCUGCUCAUCCUGGUGUAACACAGGUUGUUUUAAUCUG